UUUGCUUCACAACUUUUUAAUUAGUCCAGUUUUAGGCUUGUAACGUUUAAAUAUGCAGAGCUGACGGCAGGAAGAAAAGCAGAAGCCCGGAAGAAGAAAAAGCAGAGUUUCUUUUAAAGCUGUAAAGUAAAAGAGGAGCGAGGGAGGAAGAGGAGGAUGGCCGUGGUGGAGCAGAGAGAAAGUGUCACGGUGGCGUCUGCUGUCACAGAGGAAGAAAUUCCUCCAAAGGAAGCAAACGGUAAUGGCAGCCACGCCAGCAACGAUGUUACUGCCCCCACAGCUGAGACCACUCCAGAUGUUCCAGAGGAAACGAAGCAAAGCAAAGAUCUCUCGCUCACACCUGAGAUGCCCAAAGGUGUGGUGAUUCAAGGCAACAACAGCAACCCCGCCAGCGAGAAGUUCAAAAGAGUUCGCAACUGGAGCAUCACCAAAUAUAAGUAUACCAGGCAGGCUCUUUCGGAGAAGCUUGGCCGUGGGUCUCGUACCGUGGAUCUGGACCUGGAGCCCCGCCUCGAGCUGCUCAAAGACGACCGACAGCGCUAUGAAAAUGUGACCAGUCUGGCUCAGACGCUUGCCAGUCAGCUCUCUCAGCUCACAGUUACCCAGAAGAACCUCGGGGAUGCCUUCACAGAACUCAGCGUCAAAACCCCAACUCUGCACCUGGAGUUUGGCAUAAAUGCAGACGCUCAGAGGUUUCUCUCCAAGAGCGGCGAAACGCUGACGGAAGCCAUCAACGCCUUCACAUCUGACAUGAACACACUGGUCAACAAAACCAUUGAGGACACAAUGAUCAAUGCUAAGCAGUAUGAGACUGUCAGGAUCGAGUAUGAUGCGUUCCGAGUCGAUCUGGAGGAGCUGAACAUGGGCCCCCGUGAUGCUGUAACCGUGCCCAAACUGGAGCAGGCCCAGAAAAACUUCCAGACUCAGAGGGAGAAGUACGAGAAGAUCCGAGACGACCUGUCAGUCAAAGUCAAGCUGCUGGAAGGGAACAAGGUCAAAGUCCUCCGUAAUCAGUUGUGGAUGCUCCACGGUGCCUUUGCGGCUCACAGCUUGUCUUGUCAGAAUUUCCUGGAGAAAAACAUCCAAGAGGCCGGAGAACAUCUCAACAACGUCAGCACCGAUGUCCCCUCCUUCCUGGAAGAAAGUUGACACAGCAAAGCAACAACCAACGGUGCUGUAAGGCAGGAGGACAGAAUCAGAGGGAGUCAGAGGAACAUUUGGCAUUCAUGGACUCUCUGUGAGAAAAGUUUGGGAGUACUCGGCUAGAAACGGUUGGAUGAAUGUUAGAGGUGUGGGUGAUUAAUUCAUUUAUACCAGAGUUGAAUUGAAUUCGUUAGAUUUUGGAUGAAUUUCCAGCCUCACAAAGAGCUCUGGAAACCAAAUUGAGUGUUCGCUACAGAAAAUAGGGAGUUAGCAAAAAUAAUUUAUUUUGGAUUUAGAAAGGGUUUCAUGGGUUCUGGUGUAACUCAUGGAGGUCUGGAUAGGCCUUGAAAAGGUCUCAAAAUGUGAGUCUGUAAUAAGUCUUAAAAAUAAUUCUGACAUUACAUUUAAGAGAAAAGAGAAAUAUCUCUCAUUCAUUCAGUAAAAUGCAUUUAUUCAUAGACAUACAAACAUUUGCACUCUCCUGGGUUUCUUACCUCUGU